ACCUCAGUUCUAUUUCUCUUUAUCCCCGUCAGGUUGGUGUGGAGUUUUGUAACAAAAGGAUUCCUCUGUGCACUGGAAUAAAUCAGCCGAAAAUGAGGAACUGUUGAGCACCAUCAGGUCACUUUGGAGCCGUACUGUGUGUGGAUGCCUCCGACCCUCGCUGGAUGAUUCCAUCUCUGUGAUGAAAGGCUUAUCCAGCAGCCGCAGCCACCACCACGUGGUGACCUGUGACACCUCUUUUGACUCCAUGGGUCACCACUUGGACCACAAGCCCUACCUCAUCAGCCAAAUCGACAGCCCCAACCCAGCCGACCAUUCUUACUACUCCCAGAGAAGCCCCUACCAGCCUGACUGCGUGGUGCCUUACGGGACCUUCCCCCGCCGACACUACAGCUCUCAGCAUGAGCUCAAGGAUGAGACUGCUGUGGUUCCUUACACCGGCGGAGGGGUUCCAGCCAACAAGGGCCAACAGCGUCUCCCCAUUGCACUGUUGGAUCAGUUUGACCGGCAACUCCCAGUGCCUCGGGACGGCUAUCACACACUACAGUACAAGCGUGCUGCCGCAGCCUUGGAGCAACGGAGCGACAGCCCUGGCCGAAUCCGGCACCUGGUGCACUCGGUUCAGAAGCUCUUCACCAAGUCCCACUCGCUAGAAGGCCCACACCACGGUCAUGGCCACGGCAAAGGCAGCAUCAACGGAGGCAAGGCAAGCCCCGAUGGAGAACCCCCUUCUAUCCGGCAUCGCAAGCGCAGCAAGAGCCGGGAGCGCUGCAAAUCGGCCGAGCCCAAGAACCGGACGCCACCUUCCGGCUACUGGAGCUCGGAUGACUUGGAACGUGAGGCCUGCCUGUUUCACCAUGGACCACCAGGCGUCAUGACCAUGGGCCGUCACCCGGAUAAGUCGCAGUCACAGUACUUUCUGGAGGCCUACAACACCAUCAAUGACCAGGCGCUUAAAAACUCCCGCAGCAACAACGAUUUGGGCAAGUGCUCGACGUGCACAAGCAUCCCGCUGAGCGUGGACGCCUCACAGCUCGUGAAGAAGAGCUCGUGGUCGUCCUCUCUCACGGUGAGCAGAGCACGUCAAGUCUACCAGAAGGCCUCGGUAAAUGUAGAUAAGGCUCUAGUGAAAGCAGAGGCUUGUCAGCAGGAGCGCUCAUGCCAAUUCUUGCAGGUCCCUCAAGACGAGUGGGCAGGCUUUCCAUUGGGGAAGGAUGACGAUAUCCCAUGCAGACGCAUGCGCAGCGGCAGCUACGUAAAAGCCAUGGCGGACGAUGACAGCGGAGACUCGGACGGAAGCCCUAAACCCUCGCCCAAGAUGCAGGCUCGACGGGCCAGCUACCUCAAAGCCACCCAGCCAUCACUGACAGAGAUGACCACUCUAAAGAUCUCUUCAGAGCACUCUCCAAAGCUGCAGAUCCGGAGUCACAGCUACUUGCGGGCGGUGAGUGAAGUUUCCAUCAAUAGGAGCCUGGACACCCUGGACCCCAAAGCUCUGCUAGCCUCUCCCCAAUACCGCUCACGCAACGAGAGCUACAUGAGGGCUAUGAGCACCAUCAGCCAGGUGAGUGAGGUGGAAGUGAACGGGCAAAUCGAGGCAGUGUGUGAGAGUGUGUUCAGUGAAAUGGAGUCGCAGGCCAUGGACGCCCUGGACCUGCCCAUGCCCGGGUGCUUCCGCAUGAGGAGUCACAGUUAUGUGCGUGCCAUCGACCAGGGCUGCUCGCAGGACGACGAGGGACCUUUGCUCCCUGCCUCCCCCCCAAGGACCACUACUACUGUCAGAACCAUCCAGAGCAGCACAGUAUCAUCAUGUAUCACCACCUACAAGAAGACUCCUCCACCGGUACCUCCUCGCACCUCCACCAAGCCCUUCAUCUCCAUCACGGCCCAGAGCAGCACGGAGUCUGCGCAGGACGCUUACAUGGACGGUCCCGGUACGCGGGGUGAGCCCGUCCUCCACUCCGGCCUGAGCAAUUCCACCGAGAGCAUUGACAGCAUGAAAGCGCUGACGGCAGCCAUCGAGGCGGCCAACGCUCAGAUCCACGGCCCUGUCAGUCAGCACGUCAGCAACAGCACCAUCACCAUCAGCACCACCCCAUCCUCUCCGCUGCCCAUGCCUGUUCCUGUUCCCAUACCCAUACCAGUCCUGGAAGACAUCCGCAGGGAUGUGCUCAGGAAGAGCAGGUGCCUUUCCAUUGGCAUCCAGGUGGAUGGGCCUGAGGACCAGGAACUAGAGGACCAGUCCAAGUUCCAGUCAGUGGGGAUUCAGGUUGAAGAAGAGCAUGGUCACCGGCGGUUCACCCGCUCUAACAGUGUGACGGCAGCAGUGCAGGCUGAUCUGGACACUCCGGACUACACACCAGCUGACUCUCCUGUCACGGAGUUCCCCUCUUCGGGCUGCUUGUCACGGCAGUACUCGCGUGAUGCCGCCACCUCCACCGUCAGCAUCCAGGGCUCAGGGAAUCACUACCAUGCCUGCACCUCAGACGACUAUGAUGACGUUGGGUUUGAUCCCUCCAUCCUGCCUCCACCUGACCCCUGGAUUGAUAGCGUAACAGAAGAUCCCCUGGAAAUCGUGGGCCGCUCGGUGUGCCAGCGUGACGGCCGCUGGUUCCUCAAGCUGCUGCUAGCGGAGACGGAGCGCAUGGAGGGCUGGUGCAGGCAGAUGGAGCACGAUGAGAAGGAAAACAAGCUACCUGAUGACAUUCUGGGGAAGAUCCGCAGUGCAGUGGGAAGUGCACAGCUGCUUAUGUCCCAGAAGUUUCAGCAGUUCAGGGAGCUGUGUGAGGAAAAUCUGAACCUAAAUGCUCACCCGCGGCCAGUGGCUCAAGAUCUAGCAGGGUUCUGGGACAUGCUUCAACUUUCCAUUGAGAAUAUCAGCCUAAAGUUCGAUGAGCUUCACCAGCUCAAAGCCAAUAACUGGAGACCCCUCGACCCCCCCGAGAGAAAGGAGAGACGGCUGCCUCCCCCAGUGCCAAAGAAACCCCCGAAAGGCCACCCUCCCCUGGCCAGAGACCGCUCGCUGGAGAGCACAGAGAAGCAGCGUCAGGAGGCACGCAAGCGCUUGAUGGCGGCCAAGCGAGCCGCUUCUGUGCGGCAGAACUCGGCCACAGAGAGCGCAGACAGCAUCGAGAUCUAUAUACCUGAGGCCCAGACCAGACUAUGAAACUGCCAAACAUGAAAACGCACUCACACAUGAAUUCUGCCAUGAGCACAACACGUCCCACAGAUCUAUAUUUGCCUAAUGCUAAGACCACUGUAUAUUACGAGAGACAUACACCAGCACCAUGAUAGCACAGUAGUUGUAAUUUGACCUUUCAUUAUUUAAAAAAUGACAUCCAACAUAGAUGCAUCAUAUUUCUGUGACACCCAAGACUUUAGUCAGGACUUAUUAACGCCUUAUUUCAUUUUAUGAAAAUGAAAGCGAAGCU